AUGAAUGAUGAAAAUGAACAUUGUUGUGGAACUCAUUUUUGGUUUCUAGUAUUAAUGUGUUGGGUUUUUAUGGCAUUUGCUGCAAUUUCAUCAGCACUUGCUCUAGGACUAUUGUCCUUCAGCCAAGUUGAUCUUGAAGUUCUUGUUAAAGCUGGACAACCUCAAAUCCAGAAAAAUGCAGCGAAGAUUAUGUCUAUUGUUAAGAAUGAGCAUUUAGUUUUAUGCACCCUCCUCAUGGCUAAAUCACUUGCACUUGAGGGUGUUUCUGUUCUUAUGGAGGAAAUGUUUCCAGAAUGGGUUUCUGUUUUAUUUGCAGCUGCCCUUGUCAGCAUCAUUGCAGAGGUUAUUCCUCAAGCUUUGAAUUCUCGUUAUGGUUUAAGAUUUGGCGCCACAAUGUCUCCCUUUGUUAGAGUUCUUUUACUACUUUUCUUCCCAGUUGCAUAUCCAAUUAGUAAGUUGUUGGAUUAUCUUCUUGGCAAAGGACACACUGCACUUUUGGGAAGAGAAGAACUCAAGAUUUUAGUCAAUUUACAUGCUAAUGAGGCAGGGAAAGGUGGAGAAUUGUCACUGCAUGAAACCACAAUAAUUGCUGGAGCUUUGGAUUUAACAAUGAAAACUGCUAAAGAUGCUAUGACACCUUUGAAUCAAACAUUUUCACUUGACAUAAACUCCAAACUUGAUAUGCAUACAAUGGGCAUGAUAAUGAGCAAAGGUCAUAGCCGUAUACCAAUUUUUUCUGGAAAACAAACAAAUAUUAUUGGACUUAUCUUGGUAAAGAAUUUAAUGUUCUGCCGUCCUGAAGAUGAAACACCAAUCAAGUUUAUGACUAUAAGAAGAGUUCCCAGAGUUGGUGAAAAUUGGCCAUUAUAUGACAUUCUUAAUCAAUUCAAGAAGGGUCAAAGUCACAUGGCUGUUGUCCUCAAAGAGAAGAUAAGAACUGCUGCAAUUGAUACACAAGGAGUUGCAUCAUUUUUACCACAUGAUUACAUUAGCAUCUCAACUGAGGCAUCAAAUUGGCAAUCAGAAGAAUCAGAAUAUUAUAGUGCAACAUUGAAGAAUGCCAUGCUUCAAGAAAGUAGGGACUCAGAUCCACUUCAUAAAUCAACACAACAUGACACAAGUACAUCGUUAGAGAAUAUGGAGUCCUUUCUACCUGAUGAGGAAGUGGUUGGCAUUAUAACUUUAGAAGAUGUCAUGGAAGAGCUCCUCCAGGAAGAUAUAUUGGAUGAAACUGAUCAAUAUAUUGAUGUUCAUCAAAAUAUCACCAUAAAAUUGCAACAUCCAAGAAGAGGGUCAUCAGGGUCUUCCAGAAGAGCUUCAACUUCUCAUCAACAACGAAGAAGUUCGGAUGCACCUCGAGUUCGAUUUUCAACUCCAACAUUCAUUUCACCAAUCUCUCCUAACUAA